GCAUCUCUUUGAAUUAUUUUGCCGCAACAAGAUGCUGCGUCAGAGACCAAGUCGAGGUCGUGGUUCUGUGGAAAAGAUCGACCUUUGGAAUUUUCGUCUGCUGAAGGUCAAAGUGCUGUGCGCCGCGAAGAGCCUUUUAAGCAGCUGCAGGGGCUUUGGCAUCGAGGAAGCAGCUGAAAAUAUGAUCAAGCUGCGACCAUAUGUGCCCUCCAAUCGCAUUGCUGUGCGCGACUCCAUCGAUGAGGACAUUAGCGAUGACGUGGACGAUGAGGUCUUUAUCAAGGAUGCGCGCUCGGCCAAGCGCAGCGAGGAGCAGGGGCUGAAGCGUCCGCUGAUGGCGCCACGCCGCAAGCACAGUUCCGGCAGCUCACCCAUCAUGAAGAAGCAUCACAGACGCUGUUGUCGUUGCUGUGAGCCCUUCUGCUAUGCCCUCGCCGCCCUCACGGUUAUAUGUGCUCUGGUUAGUCUGGCCGCUCUCAUUCUCACACUUUUCCCCUUGCCGUUGGAGCGCUUAAAGUCCUGGUGGCAUAACGAUGGCAGUGCUGACUACGCAGCUGGUCCUUUGGCCGCUGCCUCCAGGGGUACUGGAGGUACCUAUGGCAGUACACAGGGCAGCGAGUUUGUGCCCUGCACUCAGAUUAGUGUGCAAAAUCGCUGGACACGCACGUUUGCGCGCAUGAACAGCGAAAGUCCGCUCCGGGCGGCGGACUUAAAUGGCGAUGGCAUUAAGGACAUUGUCUUCGGCUAUGGCGUGGAUGAUAAUAUCCAUUAUGAAGGCAUACCGCUGCCGCGUUGUCAGUCCGCGCAGCAGGGCGACGAUGUGCCCUGCGAGGGCGGCGUGAUUGCCGUCAAUGGACGCACCGGUGAGCUGCUCUGGCAGACCUGGAGUGUGGCGAAUGUAUUCUCCCUGCACUGCAGUGCGGAUAUAGAUGGUGAUGGCAGUCCCGAUUGUGUGGCUGCCGGACGCUUGGGCAUGAUCUUUGCCAUCAAUGGACGCAAAGGCAAUGUUAUUUGGACCUAUCGAGAAAUUGAAGUCGAAACUAACUCACCGAUUGUCAUGGAUCUUUAUACUAUUAAUGUGGUGCGUGACUUAAACGAUGAUGGCGUGCCCGAAAUACUAGCUGCCCAUCUGGAGGAGCGCGAGGAGUCAAAGGCAGGCCACAUAAAGCUGAUAUCGGGCAAAACGGGCAAAGUUUUGCGCACCAUACCCACACCAUAUCGCGAAGAAAUGUUUGUGCCCAUACAGAUGAUCACAAGGGGCGAUGGCACGGAGCUGUUGUUGAUACUCACUGGUGGCCAGAAUACCGCUGGUGGCGUCUACAGUCUGCGUCUUCACGCACUCAUGGCCUACACUAGCGAGAAGCACUUCACGCCCCUCUAUCAGCAGCCUCGCUCGGGCCUCAUGGUGCCCGCCGUACUCACCGAUCUUAAUGGCGAUCAUGUCGCCGAUGUUGUUGUAGCUUCCUUCAAUAGCACGGUCUAUGCCUUCGAUGGCAGAAACUUUAGCAUGCUCUGGAACUUUACAUUCCCGGCCAGCGAGUGCGUCAGCGCCAUUGUGCCGGGGCACUUCAAUAAUGACAAUGUCACUGACUUCAUGGUCAAGUAUAACACUGGACCCGGCUUUCCCGUCUACUACUACUCGCAGACAACCAUACUAGAUGGCCGCAAUGGACAACCUCUGCUCAAUGCGAUGAUGACAGACUCGGGAGGAGCCAGCAGCCUGUUGGGCGGUGUGUCCAUUUCGCAAAGCUUUGGCGGGGACUUCUUUCUGCAUUGGCAGUUACAGUGUCGGGAUAAGCCCCAUGCCAAGGAUGCUUACGAGUUUGUGCCAGACAGUGACAUCAUUCUGCAAGCCCGCGCUGACACCUGUCGUUUGCGCUACAAUGAGUCCACUGUAGUCAAGCUCUACGCCAUAGCCAGGCAUAUUGAACCACCGGGUGCGGUGCUGUUCAGCACGGAUGAUCUGGAGGUGCGACUAAAUCGCACUCUGCGUCCAGCUCAGAAGAGCAAACAGUCCCCACUAAAGCAUCCCAAGCUGCUCAAAAAGUUGCUCCAAAACCGCGAACAGCUGCUACGCAAGGUGGCCGAGGCGGAGGCGGCAGCUGAGGCACAAACGGAGCAGUCGCUGGCUGCUAAGCAUGCGAAGCACCGCAAGCUCCACAAUCCACUCAUCGAGCAGGAGGUGCUGCAGGAACUGUUGCCUGCAGCCGCGGUAGCGGCCCAGAAUGAACCCGGAGGCAAUUAUUAUCUGGGAAAUAAUGGCGCCGGAGGCUACAAGGAGUUUAAGGACUAUGAGCCGGCAGAAAAUGCGAACCCAUUGCGUGUGCCCGAGGAAUACGAGUUGCUCUACAAUGACAACGAGGUACCACAGCUGCAGAAUCAGAACGAGCGGCCCAUACACCUGCGCAGCAAAUAUCCUACCGCUGGCAAUAGAGACGUGCGCAGCGAGGGCUAUUCGGUCCCUACUUUACAGACCACUACAGGCCUUCCACUGACCGCCGAGUCACAGCUGAGUCUGUGGGAUUUGGAGCUGGAGCACGAAGCACAUGAACAGGCAGCCGAUGCAGCUGCGGCUGCUGCUGCCAAUCUGCCACCCACACCAGCGAGCAUGCCGGACUAUCGCCGCCGCAAGCGACAACGUCGUGCCGAAACCGAGAACAGCAGCACCCUAAAAAGCACCGCAAACAUGGCGAGCAGCCGCAGCUCUGGUCCUGUGGAGGAUGGCGAUGGGGUAACUGCGUCUGCUGCAACGGAAGAGGAGCCCACUGACUGGUACCUAGCUUCCAUUUCGUCGACGGGUGUGCUGCUAAAGGCGCUGGGAAAUGCCACCUCGUCGCUAGACUUUGCCUUCGUGCUCAAUAUACGCGAGUCGGAGGCCUACCCGCCGUUAUUCUCGCCGCAGGAUCUCAACUGCGUCGAGGAGCAAAUAAGCGCCUAUAAAAGCUACACUAUGGAUAACUUGCGUGUGCUGCGCAAGCAGUUCCUCAAGCAGUGCCUGUCCGAUCGGCUGGUGGACGCCGAGCCAGCGCUUCCCAAAUAUGAAUCACAGCUGAUUAUCACGCGGAUCGGCAUCACCUGCACCUGCCGGUCCCUGCAACCGGGCGAGGUCUGCUCCGAGUUGGACCACAUCGACGCCCAGCGCUGGACUGAGUUCAUGGGUAACGACGGCAAUGGCUACUACGCCAAUACCUAAGCAGUCUCAAGUUUUUUCCUCCCUCUUGUAAUUUACAUAACUGUCUUCGUGUGAGUGUUACUCGUAAAUUGUAAUUGUAAUUGUGUGUGCGUGUAUUUGUGUAUAUUUUAUGCGUUCGCACAAUGCGCAGGCACAAAAUCGUAGUUUUAUGAUUAUCUUUUUAAUUAGACGUUAACUUUUUGAUUUUUGAUAAAUGUCCUUUUUGAUUAUUUUAACAAAUAAAUAAGAAAUACUAGCCUA